AUGUCAAGGGAACUGUCAAUCUGGGGAUCUUUUACUCCAAAGGAUCCAACAGAAAUCUUGCUGGAUAUUGUGACGCCGAUUGGGCAUGAUGCGCAGAUGAUCGGAAAAGCACAAGUGGAGGCUGAGUACAUUGCAUUGGGAAGCUGCUGCACACAGCUUAUAUGGAUGAGACAGAUGUCAGCCGAUUAUGGGAUGGAGUCUGGACCCUUCUUGGUCUACUGUGACAACAAAAGCGCCAUUGACAUAUCAAAGAAUCCGGUGCAGCACUCAAGGACUAAGCACAUUGACAUAAGACACCACUUUGUUCGUGAAUUGGUGGAAGAAAAACAGGGGCUGAUACAGCACUGGCUCGGGGUGUAUAACAAGUUCAGAUUUUGUUUGGAGUCAAAGGUGCCAAUGAGGAUCAGCUACUUUGUCAUGCCGUCAUGUCACCUCAACAUAAGAAAAGUGAAAACUCACAAGGCUAAGUUGGUCCAUGAGCUUUCUCGAAGGGUAAUGUUUCACAAGAACAACAUCCAACGACAGAGAAUGAUCACAUGUUCUGCCUUGAACAAAAUAAAGAGUUUCACUUUGCACAUCAUUGGAAUUAGAGGUGGUGAUAUGAUCUGGCUGUCAUAUCUACAAGCCAGCAAUCUCCAAGCACUGUCGUCGACUGACGAAGCGAUUGAAGUAGCGACCACUACAUCUCUGGUAGUGACCACCGAUGGUGUUUUCGAACCAGCAGAGCCGGAGGUGCUUGAGAGACACAAAGCUAAAAAGGGGGAGAUUGAAGAUGCAGUUGGAUUGACGCAGAUCGUGAAUCAGUCAGGAAGUGCAUCAGGACGUGUGGACGGACUUGUAGCGGAGCUAAGCGAAGCUUAA